GAUGCACUCAUAGACACCUGACAGUAGUUAUUUGUAUUCAGUUUGACAUGAAUAUGUUCAUCAUGUGUUCAGUAAAGCUUGGACUUUGCACGUGUAUACUUAAUAAUUUGCUCCUUUGUAUUAUUCUCCAGAGCAGUCACACAUCAGAGGGAGUGUGGCCCUUACCGCAAACCUUCUCCACCUCCAUGGUGAGAUAYGAACUGAAGCCCCAGUCUUUCCACUUUGGUUACCGAGGACAAUCAGCCGCACAAAGGGACUGCUCUGUUCUGGAUGCUGCAUUUGAAAGAUACUUUGCUCUCAUAUUCUCAAACAACACUGCUGGGAAUGAUAAAUUCAGUGUGGAUGAACCAUUUACCCUUGAAAUCAACGUUGAUCAUCAUGACUGUGAGAGUUACCCAAAAGAGGACUCGUCUGAGAGGUACAAUCUAAGUGUCUCUACUGGACGAGCCUUUCUGAAUGCAGAAACUGUUUGGGGUGCUUUAAGAGGUCUGGAAACGUUCAGUCAGUUGGUGUAUCAAGAUAAUGUUGGCUCAUAUUUUGUAAAUAAGACUGACAUCGAAGACUUCCCCCAGUUUCGGCACAGGGGGAUUUUACUGGACACGUCCCGCCAUUAUUUACCUGUGCAGGCCAUUUUGAAAACUCUGGAUGCAAUGGCUUACAGUAAGUUUAAUGUGUUUCACUGGCACAUUGUUGAUGACCCCUCCUUUCCUUACCAGAGUCAAACAUUUCCAGACCUUUCCGGUAAGGGGGCUUUCCAUCCAGUGACUCACAUCUACAGGCAGUCAGAUGUGAGGAGGGUGAUCUCAUAUGCCAGGAUGAGGGGAGUAAGGGUCCUUCCAGAGUUUGAUUCACCAGGCCAUACACAAUCCUGGGGAAAAGGCCAGCCUGGCUUGUUGACUCCCUGCUACAGAAGAGGUGUCCCUUCAGGCACUUUUGGACCUGUAAAUCCAGCUUUACCGUCCACCUACCAGUUCAUGGCGUCACUGUUUAAGGAAGUGGCAUCAGUGUUUCCAGACUCCUAUGUCCACUUAGGAGGGGAUGAAGUUGACCUGUCUUGCUGGAAAUCAAACCCUUCCAUCCUUACAUUCAUGAAGAAGAUGGGAUUUGGAGUUGACUUUCCUAAACUGGAAACUUUUUACAUGGAGAAAAUUGUGAACAUUACAUCAGCUCUCAACAAGACGUCUGUCGUGUGGCAGGAGGUUUUUGACAAUAAUGAACGACACACUUCUCAGUCAGUGGUGGAGGUUUGGAAACAGGGCUGUUACCUGUGUGAGGUGCGCAGGGUGACUAAAGCAGGACUCCGGGUGAUUCUGGCCUCCCCGUGGUAUCUGGACCUGCCAGGACCCACACACAACUGGGCUCGCUACUACACUGUGUGGCCUCUUGCCUUCAAAGGAACAGAGGAACAAAAGAAGCUGGUUAUCGGGGGUGAAGUCUGCUUGUGGGGGGAAUUUGUAGAUGCCACCAAUCUUGCUCCACGACUCUGGCCGAGAGCAAGUGCUGCUGCAGAGAGACUGUGGAGCGAUGAGAAGCAGACCUCCAGUGUGAAACAAGCUUUUCCCCGACUGCAGGAUUUUCGAUGCAGGCUCCUGAGGCGAGGGAUCCAAGCAGAGCCUCUGGACGUGGGACACUGCAGACAUGAGUACCAAGGUGUUUGAAGAGGAACAUGCGAGUGUUUGGACAUCAGGACUUUAACCUUGGUUAAAAAACAUAAAAAAAAAAUACAACUAUGGUUUUGUGUUUUUUACUCUACAGAAAAAACAAGACUCUUUCUCAGGGACUUUUUAAAAAAGAUAAACACUUUUAAACAUUAUUAACAUUACUUUUUAUUUCAAAACGUAAUGAAAUAUUCAACCGAUGAUUAAAAGUAGAGGAAUUUCAAUUUACUCCAUUAAUCUGAACUUUUUUUCUCACUAAA